AUGGACAUCCAGGAAAGCCCAAGGAUCCACCCUAAAGACGGGGUUACCAAAGGGGAAGAGGCAACAGUACUUAUUAGCUCAGUAAAUGUUUGGAAGUAUGUCCGACUGUGUGGAUCCUGGGUCUUGUUUUCUGUAAAGAUUUCAUCUCUUACCUUGUUCCUGAUCUACGUAGCAGUUCCCAUUUUUGUGAAAGCCAACCAGUGGAUAUUGCCCAAAAUUAAUUUGAAACAUUCUGAUUUUAUUUUAUCUUUUCUUUUUGUGAUAAUUUUUGUUUUUGUAUUGACAGUUCAUUGGCCACCAUUUGUAAAUUUAUCACGUCCCAGUGAUUUUGACUUAAACAAUACCAGAAAUUUUUACCUCCAUGUUGAAGAGGGUGUUAAUAUUGGAGCGUGGCACAUUCUUCCUGCAAACUUACAAACUGAGCAAAGAAUCAUCACCCCUGAUCACUAUGAAGAUGAACUUAACAGUGGACACAACAUUUUCUUAUAUUUGACAUGGCAACAAGGCUCCCAUCACAGAGUGCAGUUGUACAGGCUGUUGUCCAAGCUGAAUUACCAUGUGGUUACCAUAGACUAUAGAGGGUAUGGAGAUUCUAGUGGGUAUCCGACCGAAGAUGGUGUGGUUGCUGAUGCAUACUUCGCUUAUAAAUGGCUGAAGGAGAAGGCUGGAGAGUCUAAAAUCUUUAUCUGGGGACACUCCCUAGGCACUGGUGUUACUACCAAGUUGGCCAAAAGACUUUGUGAUGAAGGCGACCACCCAGCAGGCAUUAUUCUGGAAUCUCCAUUCAACAAUAUCCACGAGGCAGCCCAAAAUCAUCCUUUAGGUUUGCCUUAUCGCAUGCUGCCAUGGUUUGAGUGGGUCUUUCUAGAUGGAAUCAAGGAGCAUGGGAUUUACUUCAGAAGUGAUGAAAAUAUUUUGUCUGUGACACCCAACAUCCUGAUUCUCCAUGCAAAGGAUGAUUUUAUAGUUCCUUUUGAUCUAGGCAAAAAGCUAUAUCACAAAGCAAGAGAGACAAGGAAUCACAAGACAGGACAAGUAGAGUUUAUACCAUUUGAAGCCAGUCAUGGGUAUGGGCACAAAUUGAUCUAUAAGGCACCAGAGCUUCCCAGUCUUAUCAGAAAAUUUGUUGGCAGCACUGGUGAAAAAAUGUGA